AUAUCAUCAUGUCGCUCCGAUCAUGGACAUCGUCGAAAUCAACAACACCUGCGCUCCCAACGCUGAAGCCCACUCCUACCCUCAUGUCGCUUCGCUCGUAGAAAUCGUCGAGAUCAAUAAUACUCCCGCUCCCAACAAUCUCGUCGAGCCUGCCGAGGUUCUUAGCGCGUCUGCUUCAAGCGUCAACUACAACGAAUUCGAGCGCUUCCUUGACGAGGAUCGGAUGUGGGGGAUUCAUCGCCCAGCCACGCGCAAACCUUCGAUUUCUUCUACCAAGAUCGUCGGGAAGAAACAAUUCGUUCUGAAGGAGAAGUCGGAUGAGGAAGAUAGCAAGAAAGUUGCAACCGGCGCUAGUGUCGCAAUUGCCAAUGCGCCGGAAGGAGCCGUCAACGCAUGCAUUUCGUCCGACCCUCUGCAGCCGGAUGACAUCAUCUCCCAGCGCGAAAGAAACUUAUCCACUGACACCGAUGUGUCCAGAGAAAGUUGCCAGACUGUCGACACCGACAAGUCUGCCGAGACUGUUCCCACCUCCCCGGACUUGAGCGCCGAUGUCGCCCCCGAAACGGAGUGCGGUACUCAACCACCCGCCAUUCCGGAGAUUGCGCUUACCGAGCCCAGCGAGAUCUCGCCCGAGGACACGGCGGAUAUCAUGUCGGCUCUCCAACCCGAAAGCGGCAUCCCUACUACAGAAUCACUACCACCUUUUGCCGCUCUCUACGACUAUUCGGCCCCCAAAUUCACUCAAGAGGAUUUUGACGACCUCUGGAUCAUGACCAUCCUUCAACGACCCGGAUACGCCACCGAGUAUGCCAGGCUAAACUGUGGGUUCUGGUAUAUCCUCGAAGACAAGAAAAACGUGCGCAUAAUGGUCGUGCACGAGUACGAGGAGUUUGUGCAAUGGAUCAGCGAGGCCAACGCCGAGUAUCCCAAAGAGGACGACGAUAUUGCUCAAGAAGAAGAAGAGGAGGAGGACUGGGCCGAACUUCUUCGCUGGAAGAAACGAUAUGAGCUAGGCAGAGGUUGGGGUAUUUUAAAGUCACUCAACCACCCAGACUACGCCGACAGGAAGUACGCGCUGGCCAACGAUAACAGAUGGUACUUCGAGUACAAGGGGAAAUUCCGCCGUCUAAUGGAAUAUGAGAUGGAUCUCCUCAACCGCCGGAGGGAGGAUGGCUCGGCUUUGAUCGAUGCAAUUGAGGAGCAGCCGGUCGCGAACCGUUGGGGACUCGACACCAUCACUGAGGAGGAGGAGAAGGAGUCUUGAGUGAGAGGAGUGUCAAAGCCUGGGGCGGGGUCAUGAUUCAAGGAAAUUGGUCAGGAAAUCACCGGUGACAGGAUUGAAGGACAGGAGUCAUAGAUGGAUUAAGCCAUAUGAUCAUUGGGAUGCGGUAUGAUAUGAAG